AUGGCGAGACCUUGUCUCUAUAAAAACAGUAAAAAUGAGCGUGGAGUGGUGGUAAGUGCCUGUGGUCCCAGCUACUCGGGAGACUGAGGUGGGAGGAUCACUUGAGCCCAGGAGAUUUAGGCUGCAGUGGAGCGGUGAUCAGGCCAUUCCACUCCAGCCUGGGUGACAGAGUGAGGUCCUGUCUCAAAAAAAAAAAAAAAAACACACACACACACACACACACCUGCAUCUGCUGUGCUGAGCCCCCGGUUCUCUUUUCCCUCUGGGAUCUAAGAUCCCGCUGGGGAUCCGAGGCAAAGGCCUGGGAGCCCCCAUUUCCGAGGGGGAGGGCUAGCGUGGAAGGCCCCGCCCCGGCAGCUGCGGAGGGAUUUGGUGGGGUCCAGGCCGCCCUUGCCACGCAGGGGUGCGCGGAUGACCUGAAAAAAGCGAGAAAGAGGAAAGGCGCCGCCGAGGCUGGUUGCUCUCAGCUGGGGCUCAUCGCAUCCUCUGCCAAGAGCGUUCCCACCCCACAGGUCCCGCCCCUCCCAGCAAAGCUGCUGGCGCCGCCCUGUCUGGACCUGGAGCCGCUGGGAGGAUCCCCCUCCCAGGAGAAGCCGAGAACCCCAGGAUGCUGCAGAAUCAGUGAGAGGUGCGUAAGGCCAAACCCCAUUUCCCGGACCCCGCUAGCACUUCACCACCUGGCUCAGUGAUCAAGGGGUCAUGACCUCUCUCUGCUGGGGUUAUCGAGAAGUGGCAAUUUUAUAAUAGUUACUGAAACUUACAAAGAGGUUCUGGUGCCCAGAGACACUUGGGGUCAUCUAGGGAUCAGAGGCCAUGCAAUUCCAUGUCUCUGGGGCUGAUGUAGGCACUCCCCAGGGAUCAUCCACGGGUUAUGGAGGGCAACUCAAUAAUAAUGAAAAUGAUAAAAAUCGUAAUCAUAUUAUGGCAAGCCAGCGGCGUGGUGGCGCGUGCCUGUAAGUCCCAGCUACUCGGGAGGCUGAGGCGGAAGGAUCGCUCGAGCCCAGGAGUUCUAGGCUGCACUGAGUCCUGAUCACGCCCCUGCACUCCAGGCGGGGGCACAGAGUGAGGCUCGGUCUCUAAAAGAAACACAAAGAAAAAAAGUAACCUUUUUCUCGAUCCUGCAGCCAGAGGCUUGAAAUCCUGCCUCGGUCACCUAGGGCGGUCCCUGCCUGGGUGAUCUACGGGUGCCGUAAGGGGUUGAUUGAUGUGGAGGGCUGACUGUGCCUGGGAGGCCCCACAGUGGGCGAAGUGAGUUGCAAUUACUGCAACUCUUAAACCUUCCACCCAGAGUUAGAAAUGACUGAACCUCAGGUGGGGUGUGUACCCUGUCCAAGGGUACACAAAGAGCCGGCCCAAGUUGGAACCCCCUGGCCGGCUAAACCCAGAAGUCACCCAAGAAAAAGUGACCCCACUGCCCUUCUCCCCAGGUCUCUCUGGCCUGCAUGCCAGGACUCGGUCACCGCCCUGUGCUUCCUCCAAGAGACAGUGGAGAGGCUGGGUCAGUCCCCUGCCCAGGACACCCCGGUCCUGGGGCCUUGCUGGGUCCCGAUGGCUCUGGGGACUCAGGGCCGCCUGCUGCUGGACAGGGAUUCCAAGGACACACAGACAAGGAUCAGCCAAAAGGGCCGCCGCCUGCAGCCCCCCGGGACUCCCUCGGUCCCACCCCAGAGAAGGCCCCGGAAGCAGCUGAACCCCUGCCGAGGCACCGAGAAAGUGGACCCCGGGUUCGAGGGGGUGACUCUGAAGUUUCAGAUAAAGCCGGACUCCAGCCUGCAGAUCAUCCCCACGUACAGCCUGCCCUGCAGUAGCCGCUCUCAGGAAUCCCCUGCAGAUGCUGUUGGGGGCCCUGCAGACCACCCAGGAGGCACCGAGGCCCAUUCAGCAGGCAGCGAGGCCCUGGAGCCCCGGCGCUGUGCUUCCUGUCGGACCCAGAGGACCCCGCUCUGGAGAGAUGCUGAAGAUGGGACCCCUCUCUGCAAUGCCUGUGGGAUCAGGUACAAGAAAUAUGGCACUCGCUGCUCCAGGUGCUGGCUGGUGCCCAGGAAAAAUGUCCAGCCCAAGAGGCUCUGUGGCAGAUGUGGAGUUUCCCUGGACCCCAUUCAGGAAGGUUAAACCCAGCUUCACCCUGCUGAGCUGCUGCUUCUGCCUCUGUUUCACCAGUGGGAGAAUGGGCAGAAGCAGCUCUCCUCGGAGGACUGGGGAAAGAGCCGGCCUGCCUCCUCUCUGCCAUCUCCAGAUUCAAGGAUCCCGGGGGAAGACCCAGGCCUCAGGUGGCAGAGCCUGCUAGGGGUCACCGGCCCCUUCUCUAGUCAGCCUUGGCCGAGGCCCCCUCAGGAGACGCUCUCAGGAAGGAUGAGCAUUGUUACAGCAGGGACAAUAAAGUGCAGAGAUACUCGGAGA